ACUGUGAAGUGCCUUUCCCACACUCCACUGAGCUGUCCUUCCGCCAGUUCAUCCCGCCCUCCUCCGUCGGCUUUUCCGGUGAGCUAUGGUGGGGAAGCUGGUUCUGGAGUUCCGGGCGACCGACGACGACGCCUGGUACAGCGUCAAAGUCCACCUGAAGGGAGAGACUCUGUCGGUCCAGUUUCAGGGCAUCAUGGAAAUCGUCAAAUUCCGCCCAUCGGAUUUCGAUUCGCGCGACGCCGUGGAACGAUUCGUCCGCAGGUUCAGGCCGGUUUCGCCGCAGCUUCAGGACACCGAGUGCGGGAAAAUCGGAAGAGGUUCCGUUGUUUGCGCUGCAUGCCACGCCUUCCCCUCCAACGACAUGCGCUACUUCGACGCCGUCGUUGAAGCUGUGCAGCGCAAGGACCAUUCAUUUGUGAAUGGCGAAGAAGAAUGUCAGUGCACUUUUGUGCUAUCAUGGAUUCAUGGUCCAAAAAUGGGGCAUUUAACCAGUACCGGCAUUUCUUGCGUAUGUACUUUAAAAGAUGAUGGCCAAGUUGAUCCAAAAGUUGCUUCGUUCUUGCAAAUCGUGAAAAGUAAAUUUCCAGUUUCUUCUCGCAAGAACAGUGGAAAAGAGGUACCAGCUCGUCUAGAGCUUGGUAAAGGAGGAUGGAGUCAGCUUUUAACUGAACACAAACAUCUUUCAUUUCAGGACAUACAGAAUAAAUGGAACUUAAUUUAUGGUAACAGUGAGAAGAAAGGUGCUGGGAAGUUGAGCAAUCGGGAAUCUUCUCAUCAGGAUCAAGAUAUAGAUCUGGGUGGUGAAAAAUCAAACUCCUAUUUCAUAUUAAUUGGCAAUUUGGAGAGGAGUUUAUCUCCAUCAUCAAUACAGGCUUUCAUAGAAAGACACACUGGUGUUUCACCACAAGUGUAUAUCCUACUGAGUCCAGUGUGGAUACAUUUCGCGAGAGCUGUUCUUUUGGUGGAUACCAAGAAGAAGCAUGAAAACAUAUGCAAUUUCUUGGUGAAUCCUGAUCACUUCAUUGUGUCCACGAGUGGAAGGCCGUGGGUACUAAUUGAAAGUGUCACUAGGCUUGGAAUGAACUCUCAAUCUUCACUCGGGAAACUACUCCGCAAGUAUCAGGAAAAUUGUGAUGGCGCGCAUUUGGAUGACAAAGUAAUGUUGGUUCGUUUGGGCACUGAGGAGUACGCGCAGGCAAAGCUACUGGGAGAAUUGUUCAUGGACUUCGUGAAGCACGAGCAGCUGCUGCUCAGAAGAUUGGUGGCUGAAGAAACGGCGAUUCAAGCAGCAUUUCCUUCUCUGCAUCAUAUUUAGGUGAGGUUAGGAUUUUGGUUUAAGUGUACAGAAUGAGUGGUGUGGUUAAUCCAUCUUAUUGCCUCUCUAUUUUUAGUUCACUUUUACUGUGUGCUUUAUUGCUUAGAGUGCAUAUAUAUAGGUAGGAGCUCUUAUUGUUAUGAGGGGUUUUUGCCGGAGCAUGCUACAUGUACCCCAUAAUUUUUACCCCAUUUGUACACCAAAGG